AUGGCUAGGGACGUCGGAAGCAGCAAUACGGUGUCGAAGAAGUGGCUCCAAGACAAUAAAUAUACCAUUGGUUUCAAACAGACAUCUCAAUAUCAAGCGGCGGUACUCAAAUCUAAAGGGAGUUUGCAUAAUACAACUGGGUCAUUGGAAGAGGGUAAAGAAAUUGAGCAUAUUGAGAAAGUCGAAAAUAUAAGGGCUAGUAACACAAAUUCAAAGUGGAAAAUUUUCAAAAGACAUUGGAGGAGGUUUUGGUGUUGCUACGUUGUUGCUGGCGUGGUUGGUCUGGCAAUAUUUUUGCCCCUUUUCUUUAUAUAUGCCUUCCCAGCCAUUGCACAGUUGAUGGUAAAUAACGCUGAUCUUCCAAUCUAUUCGGUUAUGAUCAUGUCACCUCGACCGGAUAAUGUGAUAGUGUCAUUGCAGGCAGGGUUAACUGUACCAGCAGGCAUCUCUGUCAAUCUUGAAUCGAUUACUCUCAGUCUAUUCAAUCGCAAUGUUACGCCCUUUCAACCCUAUGUGGCUGUCAACGUGCCGGGCCAGCAUUUGAAAGGCAGGUCGCAUGUCGACAUCUCUAAUCAAACAGUUACUAUAUUGAACAAAAGCCAAUUCGUUGCCUUCUUAAGAGAGGUAGUGUAUAGCAAAUGCUUUACAUUGUCAGCAAAGGGCUCUACAACCGCUCAUAUUGGGGCACUGAAGGUUCCCCUAACACUCAACAAAGAUGUACAGCUUAAUGGGCUGGAUGCCCUGUCAGGAUUUUCCAUACAAGAAGCUAAACUAGUUCGACGUGAGAGCGACGGGACAAAUUUCCGUGGGGUGGCAGUUAUACCAAAUUAUUCCAUUGUUUCAUUUGCUUUGGGAAAUGUCACUCUGAAUUUGAAAGCGGCAGAUUUUGUCCUCGGACAAGGAGUGAUAGAAAAUGUUGUGCUCAAGCCAGGAAAUAACACUGUUGAUAUCAAGGGUUCGCUAUCCAUCGCCACAGUGCUUGAUAACUUGAUAUCCAUUGCAGCAGCGGAGAAGUCAGCAAUUUUGAAAGGUAACUUGGAGCUGUCCGCGUCUGGUAACGCCACCAUCUAUGAGGGUGUUCAUAUUACAUACUACGAAUCCGUACUCAAUAGUUUAGUUAUGACGGCUGAUGUCCCCAUCCUGGAAGUACUCUCCGAUACAAUAAGUGGCCUUGUGGGCUCCAAUACUACUCUUUCCGCGUUGCUGAAUGGAACAAACAGUACUCUUUCUAGACUGCUUAAUGGAACACUCGAGUCUGUCGGCCAAAGUGAAGUCUAUGGGGCAUUGACGAAGUUGGGCACAAUACUGGGUUCAUAA